CUUGGAUUUCUUCGUUCUUCUAGGAGGACAGACAGAGACGAAUGCGACUUCCUCGUCAAGUUCAAGCGCAGCUAGCAUUUAUCAAGAAUAUGCGCUUUCCUUCUACGUUGAGGAAUACAGGCCUGAGGAAACCUCUGGCAUUGCUGAAACGCCAUCAGAGGCUCUAGCGUUUUCGCGGGAAACAGGACACUCGAUGCAACGCUUUGGAGGUUCGUGGUCGCACCCAUUCUUGUUUGUGAUCAACAGCGACGUGUCGAACUACUUUACUCGCAGCCCAGUUCUGCUAGACUUCGGCAGCAUCAUAGCAAGGAACAAAGUCGGCGUGCAGUUUGCGGUUAAGAAGAAAGGCACGGCUUCCGUCUACCUGGUGCCGAAAGAUAGCACGUUUGUAGUGCAAAACGGUGUGUGGAACGAGACAGCUGCGAGUGCAACUUUGGAUGCCAGUCUAACAAGUUUGGCCGUUUCUGUGACAUCAUCACCGAGUGGCACCAGUUCGUCCUCUGCUCCGUUGAGGCAGUACGCAACGUCUAGCCAACUAGUGCCAAAGACCAAUGCUGACGGGACUACUGCUGAAUUCCCAGUUCGUAACAUCUUGCCUGUCGAAUUGCCUCUGAACGUCAGCGUGAACGGUUUGUGUCAGGAGCUGGGGGCUCCAGUGUUCCCGGACGAGGUCUACACGAUCCUGCUGCUCGAUUGUAACGUCAAAUCUGGAAUCGACUACAUGCUGUUUGUCUAUGUUGAAGGGGAUGAUGAAGUUGCUGCCGCUGGCUCUGCAACCGUUCCUGGCGCAGCUGUAUCGGGCUCCGGUGCAACAACAGCGAACAGCACGUCCUCAUCUUCAUCUGGUUUGAUGUCUGGUGGCUUAGCCGUGAAGCCUUACUACUCGAACACAUUCGAAGUCUUGCCCCAUCUCUGGACAACACCGCGGCCGAAUUACUUGUGGUUGAUGCUAGAACCAGCAAGGCGCAUCGGGAGACUUUGGGUGUUAUUGGUUCCAAAGAAGAGGAUACUGGGAAGCUACAUUGCUGGCAAUCUGACGGACGACGAAAGUUUUGGUGAGAUCGAAAUCGAUCUUGCAGCACAAAAAGGGAAAGCCGCCGUAAGCGACAGCAACGCGAUAGGGGUAGGAACAACAGGAACACCAGUGAACACGAGCAGUACGACCACUUCGAACGACACCAUCACGUACAAGCUAACGCGUGCCAACAUCAAGACGAUUUUGGCUCUGUUGCCAGCGAUCGACGAUGAAGUGUUUGUCACGGAGCAGAUGAGGUUGGAAAGCUAUUUUGAGGUGCCAAAAGCUAGGAAAGAAGUCAAU